AUGCAGCAGGCUGUAGUCCUCUCCUUACUACUGCAUGCCGCCUGCUGCUUAGGCGCUUACGUCCCAUUCACUUUCCAGAGGAGGCCUUUCAUAGGAAGCACCUAUGAUCUGAAGGAGCGCCGCAAUGCCUUGGACACAGGCACCAACCGGGUGCUCAAGCUGGGUGCCAUCUUCAAACGAAACGUACGUAAGCUGAGAGAGAAGAGCAGCAACCUGGACUUAGUUUUCCUGGUGGACGAGUCCUCCAGUGUGGGCAACACCAACUUCGUCAAUGAGCUGAAGUUCGUCAAGAAGCUGCUGUCGGACUUCCCCGUAGUACCAUCUGCCACUCGGGUGGCAAUAGUGACCUUCUCCUCCAAGAACAAUGUGGUGCCCAGGGUCGACUACAUCUCUGCCCCUCAGUACCACCAGCACAAGUGUUCUCUGCUGAAUGAGGAAAUCCCCGCCAUCAACUACAGGGAGGUGGGACCUUCACAAAGGGAGCCAUUCCAGCAAGCAGCACAAAUCCUGCGGCAUUCACGGGUGAACUCCACCAAAGUGGUCUUCCUUAUCACAGAUGGGUACUCCAAUGGCGGAGAUCCGAGACCAAUCGCAGCAGCCUUGCGGGACCUGGGGGUGGAGAUCUUCACACUGGGCAUCUGGCAGGGCAACAUUCGGGAGUUGCAUGACAUGGCGUCACACCCCAAGGAGGAGCACUGCUACAUCCUGCACAGCUUCGCUGAGUUUGAAACUCUGGCUCGAAGGGCUCUUCAUGAAGAUCUCCCAUCUGGGAACUACAUCCAGGAAUCCCGAUCUCGCUGUUCAUUCCUCUGUGAGCUGGGCCAGGACUGCUGUGAUGUGAUGGCGAGCUGUAAGUGUGGCACGAACACAGGCCAGUAUGAAUGCAUCUGCGAGAAAGGCUACUAUGGGAAAGGGCUCCAGCACGAGUGCACAGCUUGUCCACCUGGGACCUACAAGUCGGAAGGGAAGCCUGGGGGCAUUAGCACCUGCCUCAAAUGUCCCGGCGAGCACCGUACCUCCCUACCAGGGAGCACCUCAAUCAAGGACUGCAUCUGCAAGAAAGGAUACAGGCUUGUAGGGCAGGUGUGUCAAGUGGUCCAGUGCCCAGUGUUGCAGCCACCUCGGAAUGGUUACUUCAUACAGAACACAUGCAAUAACCUCUACAAUUCUGCAUGUGGAAUUCGGUGCAGGCUGGGCUUUGACCUCAUAGGAACCAGCAUUCGCCUGUGUCAAUCUAAUGGCUUCUGGUCAGGUUCAGACCCCGAAUGCAGAGUUCGCACCUGUCCAAGAUUACGUAAUCCUGAACAUGGAUUUAUAAACUGCUCAACCCACGACACAUCCUACAAGACUGUCUGCCGUGCAACCUGUAAAAAGGGCUAUGUAUUGGAAGGGAGGUCAAAGCUGACUUGUCUGGCCAACAUGAUAUGGGAUGGGAGGGAACCAAAAUGUGUUGAAAUCCAUUGUCCAGCCAUACAAAAGACAGAUGAUGUGAUGGUAGCCCCUCACCUCUGCAGGAAAGCAGCAGUCAAACCAGGGAGUGUGUGUCGUUUGAGCUGUCGCCGUGGUUACAGGCUUUUAGGUGUCAUGGAAGAAGUGCGAUGCAUGAGUAAUGGCAAAUGGAGUCAGAAACUUCACAAAGCCGUUUGUCGAGAUAUUGAGGUGCCCCAAAUCAGUUGUCCCAAGGAAGUCAAGGUGCAAACGUUAGAACAUCAGAAAACAGCAAAUGUCACCUGGUUGAUACCAGAAGCAAAUGAUAAUUCAGGAGAUCAGGUAUUUUUACAAGUUACUCCUGCUGUGAUUCCACCCCAUCUUUUCCCAAUUGGCGAAAUCACCAUCACAUAUACAGCAAUGGACAAAACUGGGAACAAAGCAAAUUGCUCCUUUAUUAUAAAGGUUAUUGAUGCUGAACCCCCUGUGAUUGACAGGUGCCGCUCACCACCACCCAUCCUGACACAUGAGGAGACGUAUCAGGCCACAUGGGAGGAACCACAGUUUUCAGAUAAUUCAGGUGCUUCAUUAAAGAUUAAGAAGACUCAUUCAAUCGGAGAUUUCCUCCCUCGAGGGGAGACAAUCGUGCGUUACACUGCAAUUGACCCUUCAGGCAAUAAGAGGACUUGUGAUAUCCAGAUCAUCAUCAGAGAUACUGCUUGUGGAGUACCUUACGUUCCUUUAAACGGAGGCUUCUCCUGUGCUGCUGAUGAUUUGCGUGUGAAUUGUACAUUGCACUGCUAUGAUGGAUACGGGCUGGCUGUCGAACCAAGUGAAAGUUACUAUUGUGCUCAUGAUGGCGUGUGGAUUCCAGAGCUCUCUUCUGCAAGACCUGAUUGCUCCUUGAAGCGCCUUGGGAAUAAUGGCCACAAGAAAUUUGAGGUGCAGUACAAUGUCAACCGAUGUGAAGACUUCACUCUGCUGAACAACUUUGCAAAGGCUUUCAACAACACUAUAGCUGAAAUGGUUCCAUCCCUUUGCGGUGAGGAUAAUGACAUUGAAUGUGAAAUGGAGGAGUUACCCAAAGUGCAAUGCCUGGAGUACAAUUAUAAUUAUGAAAAUGGUUUUGCCAUCAUAGGGCCAGGCUUAUGGGGAGACAAUUACGAGCCAUUGAAUGAAAUGGAUUACCCUUACGAUGAACCGGAGAAUUCCCAUCGAUUACAAAAACGAUCAAAUAAGCAGGAAUUUUUAACUGUGCCUCCUGUGAAGCCACCUCUGAAGACAAAGAGACAAUCUAAUAGGAGAAUUAGCUUCAAUGCUCAAGAAAUCGAUCAAAAGAUCAAUCUGGUAUUUAACAUCAGUGCCAGUGUAGCACUGCCAAAAGAUCAAAAUGACACAGUAGAAUCUGAUAAUCAAAGGCGACUUCUUAGCACCUUGGAACAUGUGACAAGCCGGCUGAAAAGAGCAUUGGACAAUGAACCUCUGUAUCAGUUUUCCUUUGGGUCUGAGAUGGCCCGGUCAAACAGCAAGUCACUGGAGAGCAACAAAGCAGCCUUAUUCUGCAGACCGGGCACUGUGUUAAAGGAGCGCAUGUGUGUGAACUGCCCUGUGGGGACAUUUUACUCACUGGAACACAGGGAUUGUGAGAGCUGCUGGAUUGGGUCCUAUCAGAAUUUGGAGGGACAACUGGAAUGUAAGAUGUGUCCUACUGGAACAUCGACCGAGUACAUGCACAGCAGGAGCACUGAUGAAUGCAAGGGUCAGUGCAAGCCUGGAACCUACUCUCCAAAUGGCCUGGAGACUUGUGAAUCAUGCCCAUUGGGAACCUAUCAGCCAGAUUAUAGUGCAAAGAAGUGCCUUCAGUGUCCAGAUAAAUUGACCACUGUGAAAAGAGGAGCUAUUGAAGUAUCUGAAUGUGGAGUGCCAUGUGCUGCAGGUCACGUUUCCCGCUCUGGGAUAAUGCCCUGCUACCCUUGUCCCAGGGAUUACUAUCAACCCAACGCAGGGAAGUCGUUCUGUCUGGCCUGUCCAUUCUAUGGAACAACCACUAUCACUGGGGCGACUUCCCGUAGUGAUUGCUCUGGUUUCAAUUCUGGACAUAUACCAGAAACUGCCAGCCUACUGAUACCAACGCCUUUGGAGAGCAGACCAAAAUCUAGAGCAAAUCAGUCAGUGCAGAGCACAGGAAGUACCUACCAGGAAGUGCUAGAGCUUGCUCCAGAAUCUAAUUUUAAUUCUAGAAACCUUGUGUUAGUUACAUUGAUCACAGCCACAAAGUUCUGCGUUUAUAUUGCACUAUCAAAAUGUUCCAACGCAAGGAGUUUCAAUGAUUGCUUCCUGCAGCCAUGCCAACAUAAUGGAAGUUGUGAAAGUAUUGGGUCUGGAUAUGUUUGUGUGUGUCAGCCUGGAUUUACUGGUACCAACUGCGAAACAAAUAUCAAUGAGUGUGCCUCGGACCCCUGCCAGAAUAAUGCAGCCUGCAGGGAUGGAAUUGGAAGGUUUGUGUGUUUGUGUCAGCCUGGUUUUAUGGGUCAAUUAUGUGAAGAAAAUCUGAACGAAUGCAUCUCCCAACCAUGCCUUAAUGAAGGAAAAUGCAUUGAUGGGAUUAAUGCUUAUUACUGCAAGUGCACUCAUGAGUUCAGAGGAGCCCAUUGUGAACAGGAUAUCGAUGAAUGCCUUUCAACACCAUGCCUCCACAAUGGGACAUGCCACAACUUGAUUGGUGGAUUUCAUUGUGCGUGCCAGGCCGGUUUCCUGGGUAAUACAUGUGAGAUUAACAUCAAUGAAUGCGCCAGUUUGCCUUGUCUGAAUGGAGGUUCAUGCAUUGAUGGCAUCAGUGUCUUCAGAUGUCAGUGUCCUGUAGGCUACAGUGGCUUGUUCUGUGAAAUAGACGUGAAUGAAUGCGUCAAUCCAUGCCUGAACCAGGGUGUGUGUGUCGACACACUGGACUCGUACAUCUGCAAGUGUCCACCCGGCUUCAACGCCCGAUGUGAAAUGGAGUUAUCCUCCAACUUUAACCUGGAUUUUGAUGUUUCGGGGAUCUAUGGCUAUGUUCUACUGGAUAAUGGCUUACCAACACUCAGUGCACUUACCUGUGCUUUCUGGAUGAAAUCUUCUGAUACCACGAACUAUGGGACUCCAAUUUCCUAUGCCUUGAAUACUGACUGUGACAAUGCAUUCCUGCUAACAGAUUACAAUGGUAAUUCAACUACUUGGGUGUUGUACGUCAACGGCAAGGAGAAGGUAACUGAUUGUCCAUCAGUUAAUGAUGGGAAAUGGCACCACAUUUCCAUCACAUGGAAUAGCACAGGUGGAGCAUGGAGAGUUUACAUAGAUGGAAAAGUGUCUGAUGAAGGCAAGGACCUUUCUACUGGAAAAAAGCAUCCAGGUGGUGGAGCGCUGGUGCUCGGACAGGAGCAGGAUCAAAGAGGGGAAGGCUUCAACCCCGCGGAGUCUUUUGUGGGCUCAUUGAGCCAGUUAAAUAUUUGGGAUUAUGUUCUGACACCAGAAGAGAUAAAAUUACUGGCCACUGCCUGCCCUGAAGACCAGAAGGGCAAUGUCUUAGCUUGGCCUGAUUUUCUGUCAGGAAUCGUGGGCAGAGUGAAGAAAGAUUCCAAGAGUGUUUUCUGUGCGGAUUGUCCUGUGCUAGAAGGAUCUCAGCCAAGUCUCCAGGUGUCAGGUACUGAUUUGAAACCAGGGUCAAGGGUUGAGCUGUCCUGUGAACGUGGCUAUCAUCUUAUCGGUGGACAGUGUGCUGCAUUGUCGGAACUUGGGAGCAUGGAGCUAUCAAUACCCUAUUGUGAAAGGAUUAAUUGUGGCUUGCCUCCAGCCUACAAUGGGAGCUUUACCGCUGAGGACUAUCUUUUCGGCAGCACUGUGUCCUACCUGUGCAACAAUGGUUACUACCUGCUAGGGGAUUACAAACUGUUCUGUGCCGAUGAUGGAAAUUGGUCCGGUGUUUGUCAAUGUUCCCUGUUUCCAGAUUUUGAUGAAUGCGCACUUGGAUCAGACUGUGAUAAAAGGUCUGAAUGCAUUAAUACCAUUGGAUCCUACACCUGCACCUGCAGGCCACCAUACACCGGCGAUGGAAAAAAUUGCACUGAUCCAAUCCAGUGUAAGGACCCUGGGAGACCUGCUCAUGGACUAGCCGAGGGUGCUGUGCACUUUGUUGGUGGUCAGGUGACUUUCUCCUGUGAAGAAGGCUACCAGCUGAAUGGGACAGCAAAUAUCACAUGUAUGGAGGACGGGCGGUGGAGUGAUGCAGUGCCAUGCUGUCAAGCUCGAUCCUGUGGCAUGCCUGAUGUCCCAGUAAACGGUACAACUGAAAGCAAUGACUUCACCUAUGGUAUGAAGGUGGUGUACAGUUGCAAUAAGGGAUAUGUGUUGUCUGGAGCAGCAGAAAUCUCUUGUUUAGCUAAUGGUAGUUGGAGUCAUGAAACACCUACUUGUGAACCUCUGAUGUGCCCUACUCCACAGGAUACAGACAAUGGUAAAUACGUCAUGAAUGGGAUCACAUAUCUCUCCAACGUUACAUACAUCUGCAACAGUGGAUAUCAGUUGCAUGGACCAGCUACUUUAAUCUGCAACAGCACUGGUCAGUGGAAUGACACCCCACCAGUAUGUGAGGUCAUAACCUGUGGGCCCCCACCAUCACUUCCCAGUGCUAAUGUUGUUGGAAGCACGUUCACCUUUGGAAGCACCAUUUCCUACAGCUGCAAAGAAGGCUAUACGUUGCUUGGUGCGGAGACCAAGCAGUGCCUGGCCAGUGGAGUGUGGAGCCACAGCACCGUGCAAUGUGUUCCCCUGUCAUGUGGCCCAGCUCCAAACAUUGACCAUGCAUUUCCCGAAACGGGUCACCAGCUAUUUGGGGACAUUGCGAUCUACUAUUGCACAGAUGGGUAUAGCAUCUCAGGCAACUCACAGUUGGUCUGUGACUCUACGGGAAUGUGGGCUCCACCAGAAGGCAAAGCCAUGCCACAUUGCGUGGCUGACUUCUGCAAGAAACCAACGUUUGCGCUGCAUGUGAUUUUGGAGACCAUUGACAAAGAGAAGUUCCCAGCCGGCUCGCAGGUCAUGUACAAGUGUGAGGAAGGCUUCAUGUUGAACACCUCUACCACCAUUGAGUGUGUCCGCGGUGGCCUGUGGGUCCCCUCUCCAUUAAGUGUACAAUGCGUCCCCGUGCGCUGCGGGGAGCCGCCAGUCAUUGAGCGAGGCCAUGUGAGUGGGACCAACUACAGCUUCGGUGCCAUUGUGGCCUACAGCUGCAGCAAGGGGUUUUACGUCAAGGGCCACAAGAAGCGAGCGUGCCAGGCAGAUGGAGAAUGGAGCGGCCGGCUGCCCAGCUGCCAGCCCGUCUCAUGUGGAGAUCCCCCUCGUCUCACCAACGGACAUGUCGAAAUUAAGAAUGGCACACUGUUUCAGAGUGAGGUCAGGUAUUACUGUCAUCAUGGCUUUCGAUUGGUGGGGAGUCCCAUUCGUACCUGCCAAGGGAAUCGACACUGGCACAGUGAGUCAUCCCCUGUCUGCAUCCGAGUGAACUGUGGGCUACCUCCAGCCAUUAAACACGGACACUUUGUCGGAUCUGAUUUCAACCUCGACUCGCAAGUCAAGCUCGAAUGUGAGGAAGGUUACGUGGUCUCUGGGAAAGCAAUAAUGACCUGUCAGGAGGACGGCCUGUGGGCUGGAAAUCGGCACCCACAGUGCAUUCCACUGAGGUGUCCUGAACCAUGGUCAUUGGGGCGGGAGAGCAAUCUGAUCGUCCAUGAGACCAACACGAGUGGAACUGUUCUGCUGGAAUGUGCUGAGGGCUACGUGCUGGAGGGUCCAUCGAGUUUGAAGUGUCUGGCAUCCCAGCAGUGGAAUGACUCAUUGCCUAUUUGCCAGCCUGUUAUCUGUGGGAAGCCUCCAGAGGUUCAGUAUGGUGACACUUUGUUUUCCGACCUUCAUUUUGGUAGCACUGUCAACUACACCUGUACUGAUGGGUUUGUGUUGCGGGGACAGCCAUUCCUGACCUGCCAAGCCAACAGAACUUGGGGCCAAGCUGCCCCAGAAUGUGUGCCCAUCGAAUGCCCUCAGCCUGAACUGAUCGGGAAUGGAAUCGUGGACAUCCAGGGUCUGACCUAUCUCAGCCACGCCGUGUACACCUGCAAGCCAGGCUUCCGUUUAAGAGGGAAUGCUACUGUCACCUGUGGUGAGAAUGGUGAGUGGCUGGGGGGAAGACCAGUCUGCCAACCAGUUGAAUGCCUGACCCCCCAGGAAAUUACAAAUGGAAGACCCAUUUUUGAGAAGUUAUAUUACCGAGAAACCGUAAUGUAUGUAUGCAAUACAGGCUUUAAGCUGGAAGGUCCGGAGAGGCUGACUUGUUUGGAGACAGGGGAGUGGGACGCAGAAGCACCUGUCUGCAAGCUUUUCAAAUGUGAACCACCUCAGCUUAUAGAGAAUGGCUUUGUUGAGGGCUCUGAUUAUAGCUUCGGUGCUCUCAUUUUCUACAGCUGCUUUCCUGGGUUCCAUUUGGUUGGUAUCUCCAUGCGCAUCUGUGAGGAAUCCUCCUGGUCCAAUGUCCCGCCAUAUUGUGCGCCUGUAGAUUGUGGCCUCCCGCCACAUAUAGAUUUCGGAGGGUACUUGGUCAUCCGGAAUCAGGACGGAGAAGUAAAUGGAGGAUUUAUAAAAAGAAGUGGCUCUGAUAUCGUAACUAACCUCCUCCCAUCAGACCCUGAUCCAAAGAAAAGCAUUCCUGCUUCCAUCUCGGAGCGAGUCCCACACGCAAGCUCCAGUGACAAUAAGCAAACGUGGAAUAAUCCAAAUAUAGACCUUCAGCAGACUUCCGAGUUCAUGGGUGGAACAGUGAUUCAGUAUUACUGUUACAGCAGCUAUGACCUGAUAGGGGACCAAGUGUUGGAAUGCCAAGAAGACGGCACAUGGAAUGGGAGUGCACCUGCCUGCCUCCUGAUAGAGUGUGAGCUCCCUGUGAAACCAGAAAAUGGUUAUGUUAAGUUUUCCAGCAACCUGCUUGGAAGCAUGAUAGAGUACGGGUGUGAUCUAGGCCAUGAGCUCAUUGGCUCAGCCGCCAGGUACUGCACCUCGAACAGUGAAUGGAGUAGCACACCUCCCACCUGUCAACUGGUAUCAUGCGGCUCUCCCAGCCAAAUCAGAAAUGGCAUUGCAAAGGGCAGCAACUACACCUACACCAGCGUGAUAGCUUAUGACUGUGACUCUGGAUUUUAUCUAGUUGGACCUGUGCAGAGGACUUGUCAGAGCAAUGGGGAAUGGAGUGGAGAAGUACCACAAUGCGUCCCGAUCUCCUGUGGACUACCUCCCAUUCCUGACAACGGUAAUGUGACCAGAUUGGAUUACACCUUCCAGAGUCUGGCAAAUUACAGUUGCAACAAUGGAUACCUGGUUAAGGGGAUUUGACUCGAAACCUGCCUUGCCAAUGGGAGCUGGAGUGGGGAGAUGCCACAAUGCAUAUUAGCAGCAUGCCCACCACUCACUGCCUUGCUGAAUGGCUAUAUCACAGGAUCCGAAUUUACCUACGGGAAGGAAAUACAGUUCCAUUGUACAGAUGGUUACUUAUUGCUUGGUGCACCAAGCCUUGUGUGUCAGGGAGAUGGGAGUUGGAGUGAUGUGGUACCGCAAUGCACUCCAAUCAUUUGUGGUCCUCCAGAAGAUAUCUCCCACGGAUUAAUCAAUGGGUCUAGCUUUAGCUUUGGGGAUUCCGUUAAAUACAUUUGCUUUCAUGGAUAUGAACUGAUAGGAACCUCAGUCAGACAUUGUCUACAGAAUGGGUCAUGGAGUGACAAUGUUCCAAAAUGUGAACCAUGCAAUUGUCCAUAUCCGGACAUCCAUAACGGGUUUACUACAGGUCAAGAUUUCAGUUGUGGAAACCUGGUGUUCUUCCAGUGUAUGGAGGGCUUUAAGUUACUGGGCCCUUCUCGAGUUCUGUGUGAAUCUGGAGGGAAGUGGAAUUCAAGCCUUCCUUACUGUGGCCGAAUUUCAUGUGGUGCACCUCCAUUAAUACGCAAUGCCUUCUUUAACGGGAGCAGUUCCUUGCCUGAGAAUGCCGUAGCCUACAACUGUUUCCCUGGCUACACCAUGAAAGGGAAGGCUGAAGUGUUCUGCACAGAGAGAGGGAAAUGGAGUCAGCCAUAUCCAACCUGCGUGCCAGUGGCCUGUGGACUACCUCCACCAGUACAGAACGCUGCUGUUUUAGGCGACCAGUACACAUUCGGGAGCAGAAUUCAUUACAGAUGUUUAGAGGGCUACAUAAUGGAAUCAGAGAGGGAUUCACAAACGUGUUUGGAAGAUGGGACCUGGUCCACUCAUAGUAUUGCAUGCAAACCGCAGAACUGCCCCUUGCCAUUCACCAGUCAGGCAAAUGUUGUUAUCUCGGGAACAGUGUUUACAGUCAAUGAAAGUAUACUGAUCUCCUGUGAAGAAGGAUACAGACUGUCAGGAGCAAACUUAUCUAUCUGCCAGCAUGAUGGUUUCUGGAAUCCACCAAUUUCUAAUGUUAUGUGUUCCCCUGUAUCCUGCGAGGAACCGCUUCCCCCAGUGCAUGGCUCAGUUAAAGGAACAAACCAUGAAUACAAAGACAGCGUGACAUAUCAAUGUGAUAUCGGCUAUGAGUUACAGGGCAGCAUGGAAAGAUUCUGCCAAGAGGACGGAACGUGGAAUGGCACACACACUUCCUGCAGGAGAAUCGUAUGUGAGCCACACCCAUUGGUGGAAAAUGCAUUGGCCAUUGGAAUGGAAGACACCUACAUGAGCAACAUCAGCUUUGUUUGUAAUGUUGGUUACCAUCUCAUUGGGCCUCAGAACAUCACCUGCCUUGCUGACAGGACAUGGAGCCAACCUCUUCCCCGCUGCGAGGCAAAACAAUGCAUAGCCCCUCCUAACAUUCCUGAAGGCAUCAUCCUUUCAGAUAGUGUUUUCUAUGUAAACCAAGAAGUGACCAUUCAGUGCCAGAAAGGUUAUCAACUACUUGGGAACUCGGUCAUAAUCUGUGGUCCUGACCUGACGUGGAGUCCAAUCACUGCCACUUGUGAGAAGAUAUCCUGUGGGGACCCAGUACAAAUUCCAAAUGGGCUUGUACGAGGAGUACAACACCACAUGGGCGACGUAGCAACAUACUCGUGCUACAGUGGAUAUAUGCUCGAUGGGCACAGAACAAGUAGCUGCCUGCAGAAUGGAACGUGGAGCACUCCACCCAUUUGCCAAGCUGUUUGCAGGUUUCCUUGUCAGAACGGGGGAGUUUGCAAUAGGCCAAACACCUGCACUUGCCCAGAUGGAUGGAUGGGGCGACUCUGCGAAACACCAAUCUGCAUUCUGCCAUGUCUGAACGGAGGCCUGUGUUCAGCCCCAUACCAGUGUGACUGCCCAACAGGCUGGACUGGCUCAAGAUGCCAUCAUGCGGUGUGUCAGACUCCAUGUUUAAACGGUGGCAGAUGCAUUCGACCAAAUCGGUGUCAGUGCUUGCCAAUUUGGAGUGGUAGUGACUGUUCCAGGAGGAGAAAGUCUACCUACUUUUCCUUCUCAUAAAGGCACAUCCUGCAAAGACUCUGCAUUAACCAAACUACUAUGAAACGCAACACCACCGUAGCAUUUAACUAAAAUGUUAUCCAUUUAAUUGUUUGAAAGCCUGGUAUAUUUUGAUAUUUUUCUGUGAAACAAAGCUGUAUUUUUUCAUAUGGUAAUAUAAUUUUUUUAAGAAAAUUGUAUAAUGUUGUAAGGCCUCAUUGACAAGUUAUGAUUUUGAGUUUUUUAUACCCAUGACUGCUGUAGCUUUCAGACUGGGCUCCAGGUCAAGUGGAUUUAUUUUAAGUAAGUGGCAGUUGUAAAAUCUUAAUUCUUGGCGUUUUAAUUGUUUUUAAAACCAGAAUAUUUUUGGCUAGCCUGGCUUUUGCAACUGCAGGUACACCUGUACUCAGCCCCUUUAUAUUUUCAGACUUAAACCCAAACUAAUAUAGUUCUAUAUGUGGGUCUAGAUCACAUAAAGGCACCCACUGAAACUGCCCCACUCAGUAUCUGCUUGAAACAAAAUCAGUGAGCUCCAGAGAUGGUGAUAAUAACAUCACGUAGCCAUUUUUAAUUUUACUUAAUAUGUAUAUGUGGAUUCAGUAAGUGAAAU